UCCUAAAUCUUGAAUGAUGGCUCCUCCGCCACCCGAAACGGUGAUUGACAUAAAGAACAGCAACAAGACCGCUCAACAAACAGUGGGUUUCAGCGGCGGUCUGGAGUUCUGGAACCUCACCUACACUGUGAGCAAGAAGUUGAAAGUGGAGGGGAAGUGGUCCAGUGAAGACGUGGACUUACUCCACGACAUCACUGGCUAUGCACCGAAGGGGUGCAUCACGGCGGUGAUGGGGCCCAGCGGUGCGGGGAAGUCGACGUUCUUGGACGGACUUGCUGGGAGGAUAAAGAGUGGGAGCUUGAAAGGAAGGGUUUCAUUGGAUGGUGCAAGUGUGAGUGCAAGCUUGAUCAAGAGAACUUCUGCAUAUAUCAUGCAGGACGAUAGGCUUUUUCCUAUGCUCACUGUUUAUGAGACUUUGAUGUUUGCUGCUGAUUUUCGAUUGGGGCCUCUCUCUCUUGCUGAUAAAAGGCACAGAGUCGAUAACUUGAUAGAUCAACUUGGCUUAUCGACAUCCAGGAACACGUACAUAGGAGACGAAGGAACAAGAGGAGUUUCGGGCGGAGAGCGGCGGAGGGUGUCAAUAGGAGUGGACAUCAUCCACGGUCCGUCUCUUCUCUUCCUAGACGAGCCAACCUCGGGGCUGGACUCCACAAGCGCACACAGUGUGAUCGAAAAGGUUCACGACAUCGCACGCAGCGGCAGCACCGUCAUUCUCACCAUCCACCAACCCUCUUCAAGAAUCCAAAUGCUCCUCGACCAUCUCAUCAUCCUCGCCAGGGGCCAGCUGAUGUUCCAAGGCUCACCUAAUGACGUCACACAACAUUUGACUCGCAUGUCCCGCAGGGUCCCAAAGGGUGAGAACCCUAUCGAACAUCUCAUUGACGUGAUCCAAGAAUACGAUCAAUGUGAGGUUGGAGUGGAGGCGCUUGCUGAGUUUGCACGCACCGGAAUGAAGCCCCCUCCGUUGAAGGAGGGUGUGUCUGUGGAGCCGUCGCCAUCGCCCUUGAGGGCAUGGCAUGGGCGUGGGUAUGAGGAGAAGUCGUUGGAGGUGUCCGGGACGUCUCAAGUGAGUAGGAGAGUUGCGGAUGAGUAUGAUCACAGUUUGAGGAGUCCGUACAACAAGAAUUCGCAGUCGUGGAGCAGCAGCCACAGCGCUAUGUUUCUCAAGUUCACUCCUUCACGACUCAGGAAUAAUAAAGAGUCCAAGCCACAAAAUAAUCCUGCAAGGCAUGGUUCCUCACCAGGGUACUACACAUACUCAAGCGAGAUUCUGGCAGCGACACCAACCCCUCACAGCAGCGACUACACUGUGAAUGAAAACGACUACCUCACCCCAGCAAACGGCGCUGCCUCGCCGGAGCAGCUGGGUCCGAAAUUCGCCAACUCCUUCCUCUCGGAAACUUGGAUCUUGAUGCGGCGCAACUUCAUCAACAUCCGAAGAACUCCGGAGCUGUUCCUAUCGCGCCUCAUGGUACUCACCAUCAUGGGCUUCAUGAUGGCCACAAUGUUUCACAACCCCAAACAGAAUCUUCAGGGAAUCACCAACCGCCUUAGCUUCUUCAUCUUCACCGUCUGCCUCUUCUUCUUCUCCUCAAACGACGCCGUUCCCGCAUUCAUCCAAGAACGCUUCAUCUUCAUCAGAGAAACCUCUCACAAUGCCUACAGAGCCUCUUCCUACACCAUCGCCGGCUUAAUCACUCACAUGCCUUUUCUUCUCCUCCAAGCUUCCGUUUACGCCGCCAUUGUUUGGUUUGCCCUAACCCUAAGAGGUCCUUUCUACUACUUCCUCAUCGUCCUCUUCGUCUCGCUUCUCUCCACCAACUCCUUCGUCGUCUUCAUCAGCUCCGUUGUUCCCAACUAUAUACUAGGUUACGCUGCAGUCAUUGCUUUCACUGCCUUGUUCUUCUUAUUUUGUGGAUACUUCUUGAGCAGCCAUGAUAUACCGGUUUACUGGCGCUGGAUGAACAAGAUUUCCACCAUGACUUACCCUUAUGAAGGGCUACUAAUGAACCAGUAUCAGACAAACAUUACUUUUGGGCACAACAAUGGCAUCAAUAUAACUGGUUUUGGAAUCUUGAAUAAUCUUCACAUUGGGACUGAGAAGUAUAAGAAGUGGGAGAAUGUGGGAAUCAUGUUAGGUUGGGCUGUGUUAUAUAGGCUUUUGUUUUACAUGGUGCUUCGAUUUGGAUCUAAGAACCAGAGGUCCUAGCUAGCUAGUAUAUAUGCUUUAA